UAAUUUCUAUUCAGACAUAAAUAUAUAUAAGAAUAUUAUUACAUACUGUGUGUUGUAGCUGCUCUGUGAACAAGACUCUAAAAAUCGCAUUUUUAAUUUGUCUGAUCAAAGCAAUGUUUGAUCCUUCUUCGAAAUCGUUCAGUACCCAUUUGAUAUUCCCCAGAACGUUCGAUGAUCAUCCAGAUUCCGGCGUCUGUUCGCCUCCUCUGUGGAAGAACAGUCCUCCUCACAUCCAAACCAAUUACCAUAGCCUCUCCCCCGUUUCCAAGGCUCAGGUGAUCGCUCGUGGCCAGCGAGAGCUUAUGGAGAUGAUUAGCAAGAUGCCCGAGUCGUGCUACGAGCUCUCCUUGAAGGAUCUCGUGGAGGUGAAAACAGAGGAAGAGAAUGAUCGGAAGGUGUUCGACGAAAUGCCUCAGAGAAGGAAAAAGCAGAGUAAAGCUGUGAGGAAGGUGAAGAGCGACAAAUGGGUCGACCCGGUUCGAAACGGAGGUGUGAACAAUAGUGGGUUUCUUCUGAAAUUAGGGUUUCCUGUUAGCUUGGGUGCUAAGAAAAGGACGAAGAAGAAGAAGGGUGAGGAUGAUGAUGCUUCUGUGACGAGUAGAGGCUCUUGGUUUUCUUCUCCGAGAGGUUCCGUUUCGGAGGAUAAAGAUUGGUUGAAGUCAGAAUCUGGUAGGAGUCAGAGAGGUGUGUCAAGGAUUAACAGUGGGAGCUCAAAGAGUAGUGGUGGUAGUAGCAGCAGAAGCAACAGUGAUCGAAGCCGAAGGAGUCUAAGGGAUGAAAAGAGGGGAUGCUUAUCUUUCCUCCGGAGUGUACAUGCACGAGAUUAAAAACGAAAAGUUCUUCAUUGGUUCGUACACUUCUUUGGCUAAGAAGAUUGAUUGCCAGUUCGUAUAACUGGAGUCCAGGAAUGGUGAAGAUGAAAAAACAGAGGACGUAAACAUCUUCUUCAAUGUACAGCCAAAGAUUCUAUCCCUUUCAUCAUCUUCUUGUAGUUCUUUUCUUUUGAGUUUUCUUUGUAAGCCUAUGUCAUGUAUCUAUAGAGCAUGAUAUUUUAUAUGUAGAUAGACACUCCAGCGUUUGCUAACAUAAACUUAUAAAAGUAUAUACAUACCAGUGCUCAUCCAUAAAUAUCAAUUUAUUUUUAUGUU